AUGAAUAUUUUGCUUUAUUUACUGCUAUCUCAUCAAACUUACCCGUCUCUAACAGUGGAUGCCUUCCACUCCGCGGAAACCUUCUUAAUAUUUCACUAUAUUGAAAGAGAAAACCUGAGAUGCACGCUGUGUACAGCAAUAGAAAGAAGAUUACCCGAACUUGACAUUCCAAUCUAUACAUUAAACCCAUACAAAGAUGUUUAUCUCGGGCUUUGUUUGUUUACAACGACGUUUCCAGCAUUCACAGUCCAUGAAAAAGACCGUUUUUACAAGCUGAACGUGUAUUCAUUUGAGGAACUAAAACAAGUUGUAAAUGAGAAGAAAUGGAUGUCUCACAAACAAGCAUAUCCCAACAAUUUAUUCACGAGAAUCUGUGCUUAUAUACUUUUGCCAUUUUUGUACUUUUAUGUAAAAUUUACCAAAACAAUAGAAACACUUCCUGGUUGGUUCCUAUCGAUGCUAUUUGGUGUGGUAGGCGUAUUUUUAUUUUUUAGUUUAUUUGAUAUAUUCACCAAGGAGUAA